AUGUAUACCAACCCUAUCCUCCCCGGCUUCAACCCGGACCCGUCCAUCAUCCGCGUCGACGACUCCUUCUACCUCGUCACGUCCUCCUUCGAAUACUUCCCCGCAGCCCCCAUUUACCACAGCACAGAUCUGAUCCAAUGGAAGUUGAUCGGCCACGCUUUAACGCGGCCCAGCCAGCUGCAGGUCCAAACCCCCGAGCCGGGUGGCGGCGUCUGGGCCACCACGCUACGGCAUCAUAACGGCGUGUUCUACAUCAUCGCGGCCUGCUUUUCGCGGUAUCGACCGCAGGAGGACGAUCGGGUCUGGCCAAGAGGGUUCUAUGUCCGGACGACAGACAUAUGGGAUGAGACGAGCUGGUCGGAGCCGGUGUUUUUCGACCAGGUCGGGUUCGAUCAAGAUUUAUUCUGGGACUCCGACGAGACAGUCUAUCUCUCGUCCACCCACCGCAAACUGCUUCGCACUCCCAACGCCAAUCUCAAAGACUUCGCCAUCCACAUCGUCACCGUCGACCUCGCAACCGGCAACUCGACUUCCGAACCGAAACUCAUCCGCGAAUCCUCUUCCGGCGUUGCAGAGGGCUCGCAUAUCUUCAAACGCGGUAAAUACUACUAUCUGUUCACGGCGGAAGGGGGCACGGAGAGUGGACACUGCGAGUGGGUAAGUCGCAGCGCGGUGAGUCCCUUUGGACCGUGGGAGCUGGGUCCCAAUAACCCGCUAUGGCGGAACGGGGUGCAAGACGAGGUGCAGAAUACCGGACAUGCCGAUUUGGUGGAGGAUGCGAAGGGCCAGUGGUGGGCUGUUCUGUUGGGGGUGAGACCGGUGAUGAGGGAUGGACGGUGGGAGGAGUCGGUGUUUGGUCGAGAGACAUUCCUGGUGCCUGUGACGUGGGUCGACGAUUGGCCUGUGUUCAAUGGCGGAGAGAAGAUAACGCUGCAGGUCGAUGGGCCGAGGUUGUAUCCAUUCGAACAUCCUGUUCCGUGGAAGGAUGACUUUUCGAGCUCUUCGUUGCAAUUGGGAUGGUACAGAAAAAACACUCCGGUAAAAACUGAUUACUCUCUGGCAGAGCGGCCGGGGUAUCUUCGCCUGCACGGAGGGCCGUACAAUCUCUCUGUCCCGGCAUGCCCGACUUUAUUCCUACGAAAACAGACACACCGAUACUGCACGUGGGAGACCCGGUUGUCGUUUCGUCCCACAUCGGUCCAAACAGAGGCGGGCACAACUGUAUGGUGGAACUAUUUCACUUACAGCAGUAUCGGUAUUCGAGUGUCUCCCACGGGGCAGGACAGCACUCGUAUAGUAAGAUUUCGACCGGCCGAGGGGAAGACAGUCGACUUGGAACUAGCUAGUUCUGCCUCUGACGUGAUAUUUGUGAUUGAGUGUGGAGAUGCAUACAGGUUUGGGUUCAAGGAAGUCGGCGUAAAUGGCGACCAGGAUAGUGUCCAUUGGAUUGGGGAAGUCAUGAAUCAGGCGAUGGCGGAGGCUUCACUUCCCGUUGGAGCUCCAUUCACAGGCAUGAUGCUGGGGCUGUAUGCUUUUGGGGAGCUUCAGCGUUGUUUGGUACCUGCAGACUUUGAGUAUGCGGAAUUCCGAUGA